GCCCACUCCCCUUCAGUCCGGCCGCCGGCCCGUUUCUUCUCAGUCAGAGCGAGGAUGGCGUCGUUUCGCUGCUGCUGCUGCUCCUUCGCCCUUCUCGCCCUCCUGCUUGGUCCCGCCGCGGCGUGGCCGGGAGCGGCGGUAGAGGCGGACGUGCGGAGCGGCGCGGCUCGCGAGGCAGCUCGCUUCGCCUUGGCCGAGGCUUUCCAGGGGGCUGGCGGCGGCGAGGGGGGCCACCUCUGGGCGCUGCGCGAAGCAAAGACCCAGGUGGUGAAUGGAAUCAAAUACUACCUGGAUGUGACCAUGCUGAAGAGUCAGUGCAGUGCGAAGAGUCAGGCUGUGGGGCAAGAUGCUUUCCGUUGUGUCACUCCUGGAGAUCCGGAUCAAAUGUCAUGUCACUUUGAGGUCUGGAGUCAGCCUUGGGCAAGCAGGAAGAGACUGAUGAAGCAAGAUUGUCGUCUUGCUGAGCCGUCUGAGGUACUCCAGGCAGCAAAACUGGGGGAGUGGGAAGCGUUUCAUCCAAAGGCAUCUGCAGUGGAAGUUGAAGAGGCAGCCCAGGGAGAGAGGUUUCUGCAGAACGCCUCCACCCACCUGGUCCCUCUCUUCAAGGAGUUCCUGACUACCUACAAAAAGAGCUACAAGGACAAGAGAGAAACUGAGAGGCGCUUCCGGAUAUUUGCGGAGAAUUUGGAGAAGGCCCGGAUCAUUCAGGAACUGGAUCAGGGCACGGCAGAAUAUGGAGUCACCAAAUUUAGUGAUCUGACAGAGGAGGAGUUCCGCUCCACGUACUUGAACCCGCUGCUGGUUAAGCUGCCUGGCCGGCCAAUGAAACUGGCCACCAUCCCCAGUGACCCGCCCCCUGAAGAAUGGGACUGGCAGGACCAUGGGGCUGUCACAGCUGUCAAGAACCAGGGUGAUUGCGGCUCCUGCUGGGCCUUCUCUGUAAUUGGAAAUGUGGAAGGACAGUGGUUCCUACGCAAAGGCACUUUGGUCUCCCUCUCUGAGCAAGAACUGCUGGAUUGUGACUCUGUAGAUAAAGCCUGCGGAGGAGGCCUCCCGUCCAGUGCAUACGAGGCCAUUGAGGGGCUGGGUGGCUUGGAGACUGAGCGUGACUACAAAUACGAGGGGUACGAGCAGAAGUGUGGCUUCUCCAAGGAUAAGGUGGCUGUUUACAUCAAUAGCUCCGUAGCAAUCUCCAAGGAUGAGACAGAGAUUGCUGCCUGGCUGGCAAAGAAUGGCCCCAUUUCCAUUGCUCUGAAUGCCUUUGCUAUGCAGUUCUACAGGAGGGGAGUUUCCCAUCCAUUUUUCCUGCUCUGCAAUCCCUGGAUGAUAGACCAUGCCGUUCUCCUAGUGGGCUACGGCAGACGUGGCAGUACUCCAUUCUGGGCAAUCAAGAACAGUUGGGGCAUUGACUGGGGAGAAAAGGGCUACUACUACCUGUACCGUGGCAACCAUGUCUGUGGCGUGAACGCAAUGUGCACCUCUGCUGUGGUGGAUUAGGCACCUUGGGCCCCUCUGUCCAGAUUGCCACCUUAUUGGCAUUCCAACCAGCACCAAGACGAGGAUCGGGGCACCUUCCCUGUUCCUGAUUCUGACCCUAUUAUUACCCAGGCAACUUAUUUCUCAUUACCUUUCCAAAUGGACCUGUAGCGCUUCUUGGGGCAGAUCUGGCCCCUGCUCCUACUGGCUGCUAUGAACUGUAGAGAUUGGGGGUUGUCUGUCCUAGGACAGACCCUUAACCUUGCCAGGCUGGAGUUGGGGCUGGUGUGUGUCAAGGGUGUCUCGCUUUUCUAGCUGGAGCAAGUUCCUUUCUUCCCCAGCUGCAUGUGUGGCUGCUUUUUGGUGAAAGGGACUUGCCCCUCUGGAACGGUCAGUUCACCAGCCGCUCUGAGCGCUUCCUGAGCUGCUUAUUGGAAGGCAAGAGGGGAGGCUGAGAAUUGGGGGGAGGGGAGAGAGAUGAGCCCCCAUUCCCAAGCAGGCCUUUGUGCUGUCUCCCACAAUUCAGUGGAAGAGCAUCUGCUUUGCAUGCAGAAGGUCCCAAACUUGGUCUCCCGUUAAAGAUUCUCAGGAGGCAGGGCUCCCUCUGCCUAAGAGCUGCUGUGCUUAACAUUGCUGUGCUAAAUGGGCAGCGGAUGUUCUGACGUCGCUCCUCAGCAGUGUCAUCCAACUUGGAAAACCAGCGUGUAUUUCAGAUGGAUGUUCUGAGAAAUGCCGUAACUCACUCAAGUCUCUUUUCUUUGUUCUAUAAAUAAAGUGUGGGUGAAUUUUCCCAUGUUGGUGGAGAUGAGGGAAGAGGGCAUCUUUUUUGAAGCACCCCCCACUCUCUUCAAGGAAGUCAGAGGAUUCUUUCUUUUGCACUCUCCUAUUCUCCCCCUCCUUCCGUUAGAGGGAUUGUAGCACUGAUAAAUGGGCCCCCCAAAUGACUUCUGCGGGGGUUACCCUUGAUUCCAUUAGGUCAAGCCCUCCUGUUUCCAAAAGACUUGAUGAAAAAAAUUGCAGGUACAUGGGAGUCAUAGAUGCUCAAACGACAGUCUGUUUGUGGCUGGGCUGCUCUUCCAGGCUGUAGGGAAUGUCACAGUUCCUAUAUUCCGUGGCAUUUUCCCUUGGAUGUUUGAACUGUAAUGUUUGAACUACCUGGCAUGUGGUUCUGGGGUUGAAAGCAUAACUAGCACUUACAAACAUUGUUACAGAAGUUAAGUAUUACAAAGGAUGGGUUGAAAGUGUUUUUUCUUUGAUUGCUGCUGUGGGGGUUCCCCCCAAAAGGCUCUGAUGCGGCUGGGAGCCUACAACAGAAGAGCUUUUCUGGAAGACCCAACUGCUCAAUUUGCUGUGGCUUUGGUCUUGUUACAUUUAAAGACGCGGCAUUCAGUAUUUGUUUCUGUAACUUCCACACUAAUAAAGACUGAUAAUGUGAUCUUA